AAAGAUCUGCUCAGCCGCGGCUCUUCCCCUCCCCGAACUCGGGCAUGGCAGCCGAGCGCAGGUACAGUACCCCCUGUUUGUACGAGCAGAGGGUGGGCCAGCCCGAACUGGCUGAGGGCAAGGUAGCGGCUUGGCCCAGGGCCCUCGGCAGCCCCGAGGUGGUGUACGACCGUAUCCGGGACCGCGAGCGAGCGCUACCUGCUGGCCACCCUUGGAUGACCACGGUGGAGGCAGGGGGGGAGGAGGAGGAGGGUGGAGCCGGCGAGGAGGAGGAGGAGGACGAGGGGGGGCCCGAGGGCUACCACUGCCAGAUCUGCGGCUACCACGCCGACCAGCUGCAACCCUUCAAUGUCCACCUCCACUCCGCCCACCCGGCCGUGGUGCUGCAGGAACUCUAUGGGCUGCUGGACCUGACGGGAAGCCCUGUCCACGGCCUGGGCCCUUUCGAAGGCCCCAUCCCCGGCCUGGGCCCUUUCAGAAGUGCCGAGCCCAACCAGGGCCUGCCUGGAGGCUCAAUACCAAGCCAGGGCCGGAUGCAAAGCUACAGCCCGCCUGGAGGCUCCAUUUCUGGCCGUGGCCCACCGGAAGGCUCCAUUUCCAGCCACGGCCUGCCCGGAGGCUCCAUUUCCAGCCACGGCCCACCAGGAGGCUCCAUUUCCAGCCACGGCCAACCGGGAGGCUCCAUUUCCAGCCACGGCCCACCGGGAGGCUCCAUACCCAUCCACGGCCCGGUCCAUGGGGAUAGCAGGAAGCCAGACAUUGUACAAAUCGAUCUGACUGGAGAGGACGAGGCAGGAGAGCAGGGCGCGACCUCGAGGGGACCGGCCCGAGAUCCCGGCCUGGAGCCAGGGGCCGAGGGCAGCCUGACUGAGGCCUUCAACCACUUCCCGUACCCGAGCCCAGAGGAGAUGGCCCAGUGCGGCCAGUCAGCGGGCCUGCCGGCUGAGAGCGUCGGGGUUUGGUUCGCGGUGCAGCGGCUGCGCCAUGGGAUUAGCUGGACCCCCGAGGAAGUGAGGGAGGCCCGCCUCAAGCUGUCCGGCAAGCCUGGCACCCUCCGGAUGACCGCUCCUCCCCUCGCCCCUCCAGCGCAGGCUGACGGCCGCCAGGUCCUGGCCCCGGCCUGGCGGAGGGGGCCCGGCGGUGGAGCUGCGGGCCUGCUCCCCUUCCUCCGCCCUGGGAGCCCCCGGAAGGCUCACACCUCACCUGAUGGGGCCGAUUCACCUCCCCUGGCCCCCGGUGAGAGGCGCUGCACCAAGGCCAAGGCCGAGUUGGCCGCCCCGAAGGGCAGCUUCAUCCGACGCCGCUGCCAGGACGAGGAGGAGGAGGCCAGGAGCCUGCAGGCCCGGACGGGGCAAGCUUCAGCCUGGCUCAGCGACAGCCCUUGCCGUCCCGGGGGACCCGACUCACAGCCAUGCCCAGCAGGGCCUGGCGAAGGCUGCCCAGGGCUGGAUUCGGAGGCCGACCCCAGGAGGGCGGCGGCGGCAGGCCCGGCCCCGGGCCGCCCCAGGAAGACCAAGGAGCAGCUGUUGGUCCUCAAGGCCUUCUUCCUGCGCUCGCGCUGGCCCAGUGGCGCCGACUACACCCGGCUGGUCGAGCGCACGGGCCUGGCCCGCGCCGACGUCAUCCAGUGGUUCGGCGACACCCGUUACGCCCUCAAGAAUGGCCAGCUCAAGUGGGUGCACCGCCCGCCCUGCUCCCUGGGGGCCCAGGCCGGCCUGGUGUCACCACGGCCGGGAGAGGGGGAGGGGGAGGACGGCCUGGCUUCGGCUGCCUGCUCAGCCGAAUGGAUCUGCCAGAAGGGGGGCUGGAGGAAGGCGAGGAGGAGGAGGAGGAAGAGGAAGGCGCUAGCGGUGGGGAGGGGUGAGGACGGGGUGUCCGGGGAGGAGGGCGAGGGGCGGGAAGGCUCAAGGGAGAGGAACCAGAUUGUCAGAGAGACCCUAUAA